UUCCUCUUUCUAUUUUUUUAUUAAUCUUUUACUUAACCUUAAUCCAAACUUUUGUACCUAUUUAAUUAACUUCUAUUUACUUGCCGCUCUUUUAUUAAUUCAUGUCUCACUUAUUUUUUCAUGAUCUCACUUAUUUUUCUAUAAUCCCCAUCAAAAUUUACAUUUCUAUUUUUUCCAGAAAAAUUUAUCGUUUAUUUUCUAAUCGCUUAUUUUUUCCUUUCCUUAAAUUUUCCCAGAGAAUGCAUAAUAACUGGAUUGGGACUCACGAUGGCAAAUUUCAUUGUGACGAAGUUUUUGCUUGUUAUAUGCUAAAGAAAUUGCCUAAUUUUGCUGACUAUCAAAUUGUUAGAAGCCGGGAUCCAGCAAUUUUGGAGAAGUGUGAAAUUGUUGUGGAUGUUGGAGGUGUUUAUGAUCAUCGAACUAAGCGCUAUGAUCAUCAUCAACGGGACUUUAAUGACACAAUGAAGACUUUGACUGGACUUGACUUUGAGACCAAAUUGAGCUCUGCUGGUUUAAUUUAUGCGCAUUAUGGAAAGCAAUUAAUUGCUCAUCUUACUGGAAUUCAGGGCGAAGACAAUCCAGAUUUGUUACGUUUAUAUGAGCGUCUUUACAAAACUUUUGUUGAGUCAGUGGAUGCUAUUGAUAAUGGAAUUGAUCAGUAUGAGGGAACUCCAAAAUAUCAAUUGGCAAGCACAUUAAACUCGCGUGUUCAAAGUUGCAAUCCUGCUUGGAAUGACCCAAACCCCGACCCAGAUAAAAGUUUUUGUCGAGCUAGAGAAAUUGUGGGCGAAGAAUUUGAGGAGAAACUUGGUUAUUUUUUGAAUGCUUGGAUGCCAGCGAGACAUUUUGUUGAAGAAGCGAUUAAAAAUAGAUUUGAGGUUCACGAAUCUGGCAAAAUUUUGUUUUUCGCUUCUGGACACAUUCCUUGGAAAGAACACUUUUUCGAAUUGGAGAAGGAAAUGGAACUUGAAAAUGAAAAUAUUUCUUUGGUUGUUUAUAGUGAUACUUCUGGAAAAUGGAGAGUUCAAGCAAUUCCAGUUUCUGAAAUGAGUGGAUUUGAAAAUCGAGUCAAAAUUCCUUGGAUGGGCUUUCGUGACCAAGAAUUAGAAGAAAAAUCGGGCAUUCCUGGAGCUGGUUUUGUUCAUAUGACUGGAUUUAUUGGUGGAGCUAAAACUAAGGAAGGGGUAUUGGCUAUGGCUAUUAAGACAAUUGAACAGGGAUGA